CGGGCGCCGGCGGCCGGGCUGUCAGCUCGGAGCCGCCGCCGAGCGAGGAGGCGCGGGAGCAGGAAGGAGCCGUGGGCUGGGAGCCGCUGUCCUCCCCGCCACCAUCGGUGCCAGAGACUAGAUCCAGUUCUUCUGUGGAACUUCUGAACAUCUUUUAUUAGUGGAAAUAUUUUCUACACAAGGAAGUCAACAACUUAAUUUAAACCAGUGUUCGUGUGGUUCUGAUUCAUCUGCUCUGGUUCACGAAGCUUGAGAUCUGAGGAGUACAGGGUCUUUUGUGAUGACAAUAUGACUAAUAGUAAAGGAAGAUCUAUUACCGAUAAAACAAGUGGUGGUCCAAGUAAUGGAGGAGGUUUUGUAGAUUGGACUUUACGUUUAAACACAAUUCAAUCUGACAAAUUUUUAAAUUUACUCUUGAGUAUGGUUCCAGUAAUUUACCAGAAAAACCAAGAAGACAGGCACAAAAAAGCAAACGGCAUUUGGCAAGAUGGAUUAUCAACUGCAGUACAGACUUUUAGUAAUAGAUCUGAGCAACACAUGGAGUAUCACAGUUUCUCAGAGCAGUCUUUUCAUGCCAAUAAUGGGCAUGCAUCAUCAAGCUGCAGCCAAAAGUAUGAUGACUAUGCCAAUUAUAAUUACUGUGAUGAAAGGGAGACUUCAGAAACCACUGCCAUGUUACAAGAUGAAGAUAUAUCUAGUGAUGGUGAUGAAGAUGCUAUUGUAGAAGUGACCCCAAAAUUACCAAAGGAAUCCAGUGGCAUCAUGGCAUUGCAAAUACUUGUGCCCUUUUUGUUAGCUGGUUUUGGAACAGUUUCAGCUGGCAUGGUACUGGAUAUAGUACAGCACUGGGAGGUGUUCAGAAAAGUUACAGAAGUUUUCAUUUUAGUCCCGGCACUUCUUGGUCUCAAAGGAAACUUGGAAAUGACAUUGGCAUCCAGAUUAUCCACUGCAGUAAAUAUUGGAAAGAUGGAUUCGCCCAUUGAAAAGUGGAACCUAAUAAUUGGCAACCUGGCUUUAAAGCAGGUUCAGGCAACAGUAGUUGGUUUUCUAGCAGCUGUGGCAGCAAUUAUAUUGGGCUGGAUUCCAGAAGGAAAAUAUUACCUUGAUCAUUCCAUACUUUUGUGCUCUAGCAGUGUGGCAACUGCCUUCAUUGCAUCUCUUCUGCAGGGAAUAAUAAUGGUUGGGGUUAUUGUUGGUUCAAAGAAGACUGGUAUAAAUCCUGAUAAUGUUGCUACACCCAUUGCUGCUAGUUUUGGCGACCUUAUAACUCUUGCCAUAUUGGCUUGGAUAAGUCAGGGCUUAUACUCCUGUCUUGAGACCUAUUACUACAUUUCUCCAUUAGUUGGUGUAUUUUUCUUGGCUCUAACUCCUAUUUGGAUUAUAAUAGCUGCCAAACAUCCAGCCACAAGAACAGUUCUCCACUCAGGCUGGGAGCCUGUCAUAACAGCUAUGGUUAUAAGUAGCAUUGGAGGCCUUAUUCUGGACACAACUGUAUCUGACCCAAACUUGGUUGGGAUUGUUGUUUACACGCCAGUUAUUAAUGGUAUUGGUGGUAAUUUGGUGGCCAUUCAGGCUAGCAGGAUUUCUACCUACCUCCAUUUACAUAGCAUUCCGGGAGAAUUGCCUGAUGAACCCAAAGGUUGUUACUACCCAUUUAGAACUUUCUUUGGUCCAGGAGUAAAUAAUAAGUCUGCUCAAGUUCUGCUGCUUUUAGUGAUUCCUGGACAUUUAAUUUUCCUCUACACUAUUCAUUUGAUGAAAAGUGGUCAUACUUCUUUAACUAUAAUCUUCAUAGUAGUGUAUUUAUUUGCUGCUGUGCUACAGGUAUUUACCUUGUUGUGGAUUGCUGACUGGAUGGUCCAUCACUUCUGGAGGAAAGGAAAGGACCCGGAUAGUUUCUCCAUCCCCUACCUAACAGCAUUGGGUGAUCUGCUCGGGACAGCUCUGUUAGCCUUAAGUUUUCAUUUUCUUUGGCUUAUUGGAGAUCGAGAUGGAGAUGUUGGAGACUAAUAAAUUCUACAAACUGCUCUCAAGUUACCAAGGAAGAAAAUACACGAUAACCACUUAUAGCCCUUUUUCAAAACUCUUAAAUCAGUGGUUUGACUUUUGCCAGGGUACUCUUCAGUUGGCCCUGAUUCAAUUAAAUGGCCUUAAUUUUUUUUAAGGAAUUUGCGUCAAAACCAGAAUGAAGAGUAUUUGUGCUGCUUUUCAUAGAAUAAAUAAUUUGACAUAGACAUAGAUAUAAGCUCCAGCUCUGAAAUUAAUUAGGAAAGAAUAUAGGAUUUUAUAGUGAAUAAUUUUAAACCCACAAACAUAGCAGAAAUGUACUUUAUUAUUUAAUUUGUAAUGCAGGAUUAGAAGAAGCAGAGCUCUAGUUUAGCCUUUCUUGUCUCACAGAUGUGCUGUAUCCCAGGCAUGCUAUAAAACGAAGGGUGCCCAACCAGGCUUUGAGUCGUAUUAACAUUGCCCACCUCUAUGCUGAGGAUAAAUUUACCAAUUGCUCAUAUUUAAACUGACCUAAAUAUGUUUUGCUGAGCAUAAGAUAAACUCACUUUUACCUCCAUCUAAAAUUACCCUGUGCUGAUGCCAAUUCAAUUUCAUUUUUGUAAGUUCUUGUCAGGCUAACUUUUAAACAUCUAGUGAUCUUGAGAGAUUGUUAAUGAGAGCAGUGGGUUAUUUUUUGAUCGUUGAUUUGUUGGAAAAAUGUUGAUGUGUUUUAAAAAAUGUAAUCUUCAAAAGCAGAAGAUAACCUGAGAUGCAUUUGUAGAGACAAGACAGUAUGAGAAAUUUUGUGUGUGUGUAUGUGUGUGUGUGUGUGUGUGAGAGAGAGACUUUUGAUGAAGAACUAAAUCUUGUAUUGCUGAUAGCAAAGGUCAUAGUGCUAUUGGAAUAUCAGCAAUAUAGUUAUUCUUAAACACAUUUUAUUGACAUGUUUUUGUCAUUUGGUCCAAAAAUUUUGCUACUGACCAGAAUUUACUAUUUGUUACCUAUAUUCUUUUCUUUUUUGAGACAGAGUCUUGCUCUGUCACCCAGGCUGGAAUGCAGUGGUGUGAUCUUGGCUCACUGCAACCUCCGCCUCCUGGGUUCAAGUGAUUCUCCUGCCUCAGCCUCCUGAGAGCUGGGAUUACAGGAAUGUGCCACCACGCCCAGCUAAUUUGUUACCUACACUGUAAUUAAUAAUUUAUUUUAAAAAGUGGUACUAUUUAAUAUAAUCAAGAUAGGAGAUUUAAAAUGAGCAAGUGAUUCAUUUGCUCUUUUAAAGAAGCCUGUGACUUACUCUUUUAAAAAAGAAGUUGGUGGGUUACCUCAAUUACUGUUCAUGCUUAAACUAUCCAUUUGUACAGGCUUAUUUCUAUAUGGGACCCUAUCAUAUAUACUAUAUUUCUCAAAUAUUUUUUCUAAAACUCUGGCCUAUAUUCUAAACACUUGACCAACAUCUUAGUUAUUGAAUAGGUAACCAUUUUUAAAGCACGUGUAGUUCAUUUUUUAAAAUUCAAUCUCAAGACCGUUAGAUAUUUAAUAAUUUAAGCUGAUAAGGUUAUCAAAAUGCACAUUAACUUUGAUCAUCAUGAUUCAAGUUGUAACUUUGUGUUAUACAAAUAUUAGGUUGUUUAUAAAUAUAUUGGGAAAAGUAUUCUUGUUAAGCUCUUUUAAAUGAGGGUACUGUGGUUUAGAGUUAUAUAUUUUUGCUUAUUUUUAAACUUUAUUCCAUUCUGCCUUAUAAUGAAACUUUUAAGGCAGAGAACUGAACUAAUUAUAGAAUUUCUCCUUUGGAGAGUUAUAAUGUCACAUAGUGAACAUUCUUAUAAAAGAAAGAAUAAGUUUAAGUUGAUGAAUAUUUAACUGCAAAGAUUUUUUACUUAAAAAAAAUCCAUGAAUAAUAUCUUUGAUUUUAUUGUAAAGCAUUUGCAAAUUAUUUACAUUUCGGCUGUAUGAUUCAUAAACAUUUACGUUUCCCAAUGAUUUCUAUUUUGAUUUUUUAAAAAUAUACAGGGCAAGCUACAUUUGAAAAGCAUUAAAUUCCAGUACACAUUCCAGCACACAAUAUCAUUUAAUACUCACAGUAGUACCUGUGAAAUAUGUCAGAUGGAUGUUCCUAUGUCUGUUUUACAGCAGAGGAAACUGACAUUCAGAGAACUUGGAUUUCUAAGAUUGUACCACUGCAAAAUGACCAAAUUGUGAACCUAACAUCCAGGUUUUCAUAAUGCCAGUACUCCUUCUAUGACACGUUUAUGACCCUCCAAAUAUACCAAGACUACCUAACCACUUCACCGAGAGGAAGCCAACCGGAAAAACAGAAUUUUAAAAAGUAUAAUAGAGUAUUACUACAUCUUUUCAAUUUCAGACAAAGAAAUCUCCAUUUAUUAUAUCCUGAUGGUGAGUAUUGCCAGCUCGAAAUUAUUCAUAUUCCUAAGACAAGGAAAAUAUAGGUAAAUGAAAAUAUUGAAAUAAAGAACGAUGCCUUAAUUUGUAAAAUGUAUCAUUGCUACCACCCUGCCCAGGUCUGGCCAUUUGCCAUAAAUGCUGUUAAAUACAAUGACUGAUAGA